UGCUCACUUACUUUUUACCUCAUCCCCAUCUUACAUCCUCUUAUUCUCCGACAAAUUAAUUGAAUAUAUAUCACUAUCCUUCGCUUCUCUGGACGGUGGUUCUGUGAAGACCUUUGAUUUAAGCCCCUCCCUCCCCUCGGUCCACUCGCCGAAACUACGUUCUAAUGGCUGAUGACACCGCUACGGCGGAGGACUCUCCCGUCACCUUCAAUAUCAAGUCCUCGAAUGAUGCAAAAUUCACCAUCACUCUUCCAUUGUCUGCGCUAGUGUCAGAGUUGAAAGAAAAGCUUGCGACGUCGGAAUAUGCGGAUACUCCAGCGGAGCGUCAGCGCUUAAUCUACUCGGGAAGAGUGUUGAAAGAUAAUGAAACACUAGCUACAUACAAGAUCAAAGAUGGACACACCAUCCACCUAGUAAAGAGUGCUGCUAGCAAUCAGCGUCAGGCCGGCACCUCUCAGACUGCCUCGGCCUCCACGCCGUCAGGCACCUCUGCUACUCCAGCCACUGGCGUCCCCACAAAUCUUGCGGCCGGCACAGGCAACAACCCACUAGCCGGUUUGACCGGCGCACGAUAUGCUGGUUUUGCGCAACUUCCAGGAGCCGGAAUGUUUGGCCCAGAUGGUGGCAUGGGACCCCCUCCUGAUGCCGACUCUAUGCUCCAUAUGCUCGAAAACCCACAAUUCCAGUCUACUAUCAAUGAAGCUUUACAAAACCCAGCGAUGAUUGAUAUGAUGAUUCAACAAAACCCCAUGUUGCGCGAAAUGGGUCCCGGCGUGCGGCAAAUGAUGCAGAGCCCUGAAUUCCGCCGUAUGCUUACCGAUCCCAAUUCGCUUCGCCAGGCGAUGCAACUUCAGAGAGCCAUGGGUGGCGGCGGUGGGCUUGGUGGCGGUAGCGCAUUUCCUGCUCCGGGGGUCACAAACACAACACCAGAGGAAAGCCAAACCGGCCAAAAUAACAACGGCGCUACUCCUGCCUCUGGCGCACCCGCGUUCAACCCAUUUAUGCCUCCGGGCCUUGGAGCUGGUAACCCUUUCGCUGCCCUUUUCGGAGGUAAUCCAGCAAUGGGUGGCGCAAACCCGCCCAGUGCAUCAACUGCGACGGGUACCGGUCAGACUGAGACUGCACAGAGAGCCGCUGGAGAUGCUGCUGGGGGAGAUGCUACCACCGGAGAGGGUCAAAAUCAACAAAACGCUCAGAAUCCUUUCGGGCUCCUUUUCAACCCCGCCAUGCUCGGGGCACAAGGCGGUCAGGUUAACCCUUUCAAUCCCCAACAAAAUCCCUUCCUUCGCGAUCCCGCUCUACUAUCGCAGAUGAUGCAGGCAAUGGGUGGUGCACCACCAGGAGAGGCUGGCGCAGGUGGACUUGGCGCCAAUCCCUUGGCGGCGCUUCUCGGAGGCGGCGGAUUUGGGACACCCCCUCCACAGGACAACCGGCCACCUGAAGAACGGUAUGCGGAACAGCUUCGCCAGCUCAAUGAUAUGGGUUUCUAUGAGUUUGAGAGGAAUAUCGAAGCGCUGCGACGAGCAGGUGGCAGUGUACAAGGCGCAGUGGAAUAUCUGUUGAGCCAUCCUUCUUGA